AAAGUAAAUUAAAAAUUGAAACACAAAUUUUGAUAUCUAUCUCAAUGAAUCAGAUUUCUCUCAUCGUCAUCAUCGUCAUCACCAAACAUUAUAUUAUAAUAGUAAUUGAAUACUGCAGCGGCGGUGUGAAAGGGAUCAUACAUACGCGCAUGAGUAUUAAUUGUGUGGAUAUGUAUACGAGUUAUGGCGGAAAAUGUUGUGGUACAAUUCGAUUCGUCCAACGAUCAGAGGCCAAUGCGGCGGAACCGGAUUGGUGGAAUCUGCAGCAGGUGCUGCUGCAGAGCCAUUGUAAAACACUCAUAAACCAAUAAGCCAAAAAGCUGCUUGGAUGGAAAAGAGCAUGAAAGCUAAUGAAAACUGAGACAAUGAGGGGGGAAGGUGCUUACAUUCGAAACCUUGUUAAACAGUUAUCAUCCUCUUCCUCUUCAAGAACCAAAGAAUCAUCCAAUUCCAGCUUAGAGGGAGAAGGAGAUGGGAAUUCGAGCAACGGAAGCUUGUUUGGAAUUAAUUGUAAUGGAUUUUCUGAUCAGAAACAAGAAAAAUCCCCUCCGCCGCCUCAACUACGCAAAAAGAGAGUAAGGAGACGGCUGCAUACCAGCAGACCUUACCAAGAAAGGCUGCUAAAUAUGGCUGAAGCACGGCGAGAAAUCGUCACUGCCCUUAAGUUUCAUAGAUCAGCUAUGAAACUAGCCAGUGAAAAACAGCAGCUGCAUCAGCAAAUGGAAGUAAGGUCUGAAACUCAGCUCUUUGAGUCUUCAUCUCAUCAAUUUUCUUUAGAACAUGAAGACAAAUUGAAGUGCAGGAGAAAUCCAAGAGUUUAUGCUUCAAAUUCCUUAAUUCCUGAUAGAUUCCCGGGUAGUUAUCUUGAUAAUUUCUCCCAUCCACCGAGAUUUUCUUCUCCUUAUUCUUGGUCCGUUUCUCCUAUUCCACCACCACCACUUGUCCAAGAAAAUUUCAACUUCACACUGCCCCAAACACUUGGCCUCAAUCUUAAUCUUCAAGGAUUUAACAACUUGGACUCCACUUUCCACUGCAGUACAAAUCAUUCAUUAAUUUACUCAUCCUCAUCAACCUCUUCCUCUUCCCCUUCCCCUUCCCCUUCAGCCACCACCGAGGAGAUUCAAUGCAUGGAACCACCAGCUUCAGUGGCAGAGUUUGAAGAUUCUGGGUUGCAUCCAGUGAUGGAUGAUGAGGAGAUUGCUGAGAUCAGGUCAAUUGGGGACCAAUACCAGAUGGAAUGGGAUGAUACUUUGAAUUUGGUGAAUUCAGCUUGGUGGUUCAAAUUCUUGAAGGAAAUGGAAAUCACACCUGAGAAUCAGAGCGGUCAGGAUUUCGUGAACUACCCAUUUGAUGAAGUCAUGGAGUUCCCAGCCUGGCUCAAUACGAAUGAGCAUGGCAAUGAUUUUUGCUCGGACAAUUACUUUGACGAUCCUGCUUUGCCGUGCAUGGAUAUUGAAAAAAUUGAAGGGAUGGAUGGUGACUGGUUACCCUCUGCCUGAGAAAGAUUGAUUGUUUGUUUUUUCGCAUAAUAAUCAAAUCGCCUGUAACCGUUCGUCUUCCUGCCGAUCACUUGAGCACCCCCGGAACCUAUAUUAUCUAUUUCUAAAUAUUGCGAAUAAGACUUUUCAGGCAACCGAAUUUUGUUGAUUGAAGUUGUAUUUUAUAUAUAUAAUAUAUACGUAUUCUGUUUCCUGUAA